GUCCCAUCGUUAGUCGCAAGUCAACCUCGCUCCUGACAGGCCGAUCGAAACUAAAAACGGUGCCCGAAAACAAUUGCCAUAGCAGCCAUCCUGCCGUGACAAUAGCGCAAAAACGGAGAAUUCAUAAACAUUCACCUGCCAUUCAUCAACCUGGCUCCGUGAUAGUUAUUUUUUCGGAUCCUGCCCUCAGUCGUUGGUGAAUCGCAGACAUGGCGGACGAGGAAGGCGGCAAGGAGGGCGAGAAGAAAAUCGUGCACGUUUACCCUUUGGUGAAGCACUCGGACAUGAACGAGGAGAUGCGGAUAGAGGCCAUUGAACUGUCUAUCACCGCCUGCGAGAAAUACGCAUCAAACUAUGAACACGCUGCCAAAAUCAUCAAGGAGAACAUGGACAAGAAGUUUGGCAUCUACUGGCAUGUGGUUGUGGGCGAGGGAUUCGGAUUCGAGGUCUCCUACGAGACGGAGAACAUUCUCUACCUGUUCUUCGCCGGAAACCUGGCAAUCGUGCUGUGGAAGUGCUCAUGAAUGCGGGUCAGCAGUCAAACGAACGUACCUAGAAACCGGAACAGAAACCAAAACCGAACCAAACAGAAACAGAACUUUAGCAUUAACCUUAGUCAUACAAACAGAACACUUACCGUUAACGAAUGUUAUGAUUACUAAGUCUAUGUGGCGCUGGCGGAGUAAUGAAUUCCAUGGCAACGAUGUGACUUGUUGGAAAAAGAUUGGUUUUUAUUACAAAAUGUACCUAGUCGCUAGCAUUUUGAAAGCACGCUUAUAAAAAUUGUUUGUAUGCACUAAGACGAAAA